AUGCACCUCAACAGAACGCCAGUAAAUGCAGCUGUCACAGUGCCUCAACCACCUGUCCCAGGAAACAGCAGCCUUGGCAAUGUCAUCAUGAGUCUCACAGAAACCAUCAACAGCAGUAGCAGUGAUGAAGAAUGCCUCAGUAAAGCAGAGGCCGCGGGGAAGAGGGCGGCGGCCGUACCACAGCAGGCCUGGACUGUGGAGCAGCUGCGCAGUGAGCAGCUACCCAAGAAGGACAUCAUCAAGUUUCUACAGGACCACAGUUCAGAUUCGUUUCUUGCAGAACAUAAGUUAUUAGGAAACAUUAAAAAUGUGGCCAAGACAGCUAACAAGGACCAUUUGGUUACAGCCUACAACAAUCUUUUUGAAAGGAAGCGUUUCAAGGGUACUGAAAGUAUAAGUAAAGUGUCUGAGCAGGUGAAAAAUGUGAAGCUUAAUGAAGAUAAACCCAAAGAAACCAAGUCUGAAGAGACUCUGGAUGAGGGUCCACCAAAAUAUAUAAAAUCUGUUCUUAAAAAAGGAGAUAAAACCAACUUUCCCAAAAAGGGAGAUGUUGUUCACUGCUGGUAUAUAGGAACACUACAGGAUGGGACUGUUUUUGAUACUAAUAGUCAAACGAGUUCAAAGAAGAAGAAAAAUGCCAAGCCUUUAAGUUUUAAGGUUGGAAUAGGCAAAGUUAUCAGAGGAUGGGAUGAAGCACUCUUAACUAUGAGUAAAGGAGAAAAGGCUCGACUAGAGAUUGAACCAGAAUGGGCUUAUGGAAAGAAAGGACUGCCUGAUGCCAAAAUUCCACCAAAUGCAAAACUCAUUUUUGAAGUGGAGUUAGUGGUUAUUGACUGA